AUGCACGCGGUGGGCGUAACAGAAUACGGCGCUGUUGAGAACUUGCAUUCGAAAGAAGUUCCGAAGCCAUCAAAGCCAACCGGGCGCCAAAUGCUCGUAGAGGUGAAGGCCAUCUCCGUCAACCCUAUCGACAUAAAGGUCCGCAAUGGUACAUAUGAUGACCCCCCCGACUACUACGACCGAGUCAAGUCACUCACCCAAGAACCGCCAAACUUCCAUAUUAUUGGCUAUGACGGCGCUGGUAUCGUCCUCGAAACGGGGCCGGACGUGAAGUAUUUCAAAACCGGCGAUGAGAUCUUCUAUCUUGCAAACCCGGUCUUUCAAGGCACGUACGCCGAGCAAGUCCUCGUGGAUGAGCGCCACGCCGGCCACAAGCCGAAGUCAGUGGAGUUUAUCCAAGCAGCAGCAAUGCCAUUGACUUUCGCUACCGCGUACGAAUCUCUGGCCGACCGACUAGAAAUCAAGGAAAACGAGAAGGCCGCGAUCCUGAUUAUCAAUGGCGGCGGUGGCAUGGGAUCCAUCGCUUCUCAGAUCGCUAGAAAUGUCUUGAAAUUGCCUAUCGUCAUCACCACAGCCUCAAGACCAGAGACCGUCGAGUUCUCCAAGAAGAUGGGCGCGACUCAUGUCGUCAAUCAUCGCGGGGAUAUCGUCCAACAGAUAAAGGACCUCAACCUCCCGGCUGACAUACCUCUGAAGUACGCGUACAUCACAUCGCGAACGGAGCAGUACCUGUUCCCUCUUGCGGAGGUACUAGCGCCGUUUGGUAAAAUCUGCAGUAUCGUGCAGGCUCACUUUGAUAUGUACGGCUCGCAGAUGAUGAGCAAGUCAUUGACGUUCUCUUGGUGCUGGUUGGCCUCUGGCGCGUACCAUUAUUACGUCAAUGAUAAGGAGGAGAAGCAUCAUCAGUGGUAUGAGAAGUUGGGUCAGUAUCUUGAGGAUGGGACUAUUAAGUGUCAUCUGAUGAAGCGGUUUAGGCUUACGGCGGAGGGAAUCAGGGAGGUGCAUAGACGGGUUGAAGAGGGGAAGGCGAUUGGGAAGAUGGCAUUGGGGAUCGAUGUGCCGGGUGAAGGAGAGCCAUUCUGUUGA